UUAAAGCCCCGCACCGCUGCACUAGAGUUUCGCGGCAGUCGGUGACGGCACUCCGGCUGGUACUCGAGCAGUUUUCAAGAUAAACGUCAGAAUGGUCGAUGGAGAAACUAACGUCGCACUGCAGACGAUAUCUCAAGCAAAUUCAUUACUUACAUUCGACAUCUAUAAGGUUUUGGGAAAUGGGGCAGAUAAUCUAUUCUUCUCGCCUCUCAGUAUACAGGUGAUCCUAGCACUUGUAUUUCUGGGUGCUCGUGGAAACACAGCAAAGCAAUUGUCAAGGGGCCUGCAUCUACCUGAAGACAGAAAUGUGACAGAGGACGGAAUCAGUACACUAAUGAUUCAGCUACAGGAAAGUAAAGGCAUAGUGCUUAACAUUGCUAACAGAAUAUUCAUUAAAAAUGGUUAUAAUAUUAAGGAAGAAUUCAAUAAUUCUGCCAUUAGAUUCAAGGCUGGAACAGAAGAAGUAGAUUUUUCACAAGAAGAGCAAGCACGAAAAAUAAUAAAUGACUGGAUAGAAUAUAAGACAAAUCAGAAGAUAAAAAACAUAAUCCCUGCUGGUGUCCUGAAUGAUUUAACCAAGAUGGUACUGGUGAAUGCCAUCUACCUCAAUGCUGAUUGGCUACAGCAGUUUGAUGUAGCAUUUACGUUACCAACAUCGUUUCAUCUAGCCUCAGGAUCAACACAAAAUGUGGAUAUGAUGUACAUUGAAGAGGGGUUCAAAUACACAGAGAUAAGUGAAUUGGAAUCUCAGGUUGUGCUUCUUCCAUACAGGGGGAAAAAACUCGGUAUGAUGAUAAUACUGCCCAAAGAGCAGAAUGGACUUUCGAAUCUUGAGAAGAAACUUGCCAACAUAAAUCUUCAGGACAUUCUGUCAGUAAUGGGCGAACGGAAAGUGUAUCUCUAUUUACCAAAAUUCAAACUGGAGUACACAGUGGACCUUAAAGCAACAUUAAAAACACUUGGCAUGAGUGAUAUGUUCGAUGGCAGCACAGCAAAUUUGACUGGUAUUAGUGACGGGCCAUUAGUAGUUACCAAAGUUCUGCACAAGGCUUUCAUAGAAGUCAAUGAAGAAGGCACAGAAGCAGCAGCAGCAACAUUCUUUGCUGUUGCGGACCGCUACGGCGUAUUAUAUUCUGAGGCACCCGUAACUUUCAAGGCAGAUCAUCCGUUCGUGUUCCUGAUACUGGACCUGCAGACACAUACUGUGUUGUUUGCUGGUCGCUACUCAACUCCUGCUCCGUGAUGUCUAACAGAUGAAGAUUUCUGCGUAAUUUAUAUUACUCUUUAAAAAGAUGUAUGCUAUAGAAAAUAAAUAUCUGGUUGUCCA